GCUGCUGAGGUUAUGAGGCGGUCUGACAGAGUCUGGAGUCAAAUUCCUGAACACGUAGGAGCUCCUCACGUUGCUCCAACACGACGCACGGACGCACGGGCGCAGCAAGUAACGGACCGCUGAUCAACUGAUCGAUGACACACAGAUUUAUCCCGGCUAUCACUUCUGCCAUUACAGCACAUCAUCAUCGGGUGUUUUUCUUCCAUUUUUUACUCUCCCCCCACCACACCACCACCAGAAACAUGACAUGAAGACUUCAUCUUUUCUCUCCAUUCCGCCGCCUGUUCGUGCGCAUCUGGACCCACUUGUUUGCCGCAGAGGAGAAGUGUGAGAAUCUGGAGCACAAGCGUCAAUACUUUGUGUCAGGAAAUGUUCAUUAUGGACAAAGGAGCGCGUGUAAAAAGCCGGUUUCACACGUUAGUCCGAAGCGAGGGAAAAAAAUAACAGCCUGGCUUCACUUUUCCACAACGGAAAUGAGAUCAGACCCAUUGCCUGGCUCCACUUCUUCUAAAACAUGGUCGAUGUGAGUCCAUGUAGAACCGGGAUCUGACUCAAAACUGCUUGUUGUUAAUGGAAAGAUGUUUGCUGGACUGAUGGGGCUUGAAUGUCACAGUAACUCUCUGCUUCACCACCGCGAAGCCAUGGAAGGUGGCAGAGUGUCGGGGACAGCUGGCAGCUCCGGUCGUAAGAGGCUCCACCGAAGACCAGGGUACAUGAGAGGAGAGCAGUCCAGACUACAGAGCACUGCUCAUGGGCAGGAGGAGGGGGAGGAGGAGGAGGAGGAGGAGGAAGGGAGGACCACUUGCGUUAGGAAUGGAAAACCUGGACGUCACACUGACAUCACUGAGGCAACCAGCGCUCAGAGGAUGAGUCUAACUGCUGUCAAAGUGUCCUCAAAGAAUCAGCCUGAUAAACUCACAUGUAGCUCGUGGAAGAGUAAGAGUUUUCUUUGCUCUGCUACCCUUCCUCUUCCCCCUGUGGACUGCAGUGCCAUUAAUGGUGCAUCCAGUCCCCAGGAUCCGUCCUCUCUGCCACAGAAUGAACUCGCCGUCCAGUCCUCACCACAGGACUCCUUUAACUCCAGCUUCAGUUUCAUCCAACAGUCUCUCAACUGCAGCCAGAGGACAGACACAACCACACCGUCCCGGGAACCAGAACCACUAAAUCAGUCGACUAAAGCACCUAGUUCGCCUCGAACAAAACCAGCAGCUUUGUCCAUUGAGCACAAUAUCUUAAAGCAGUCCACUCCUGCCCAAUCACGGCCCUCCUCGGCCCCGGGCGGCCAGGCAGACAGAGAGGAACUGUCAUUAGAUGGGAGGUUUUGGCAGGAAUGUCUGUGGGGUGGCAGGGAGGUUACGUCCGACCUGCCUGACUGUGACUCUCUGGAUAUAGAGAUCACCUCCUCGCUGUCUGUGGACUCAGACACGGCCUCCGCCUCGUCUGUCACCUCUGGCUACGAGAGCGCCACGCCUGCCUCCGACCAGGCCUGGGACAACCUGGUGAAGAAGUACGAGGGUGUGCUGCAAGACUGCCUCCAAAACAACCGCACUCACACUAAGAUCGAGUCCAUGAUGUUGAGGCUGCAGAGACUCCAGCAGAAAGCCAUUCUGGAUGAUGACUAUGACGCAGCUGAGCGUUUUGGGAAAAAGCUGGAGGAGCUGUGCAGGGAGCGAGGCGCUCUGAAGCUCGGUCUACCCUCCACACAGCCCAGCGUGGCUCUGUUCCUGGAGCGGCUCAGACAGGUGGUGCACAGCGCCCUCCAGAGGGCAGACUGCAGUCAGUACAGACUCCAGGAGCAGGCGCAGGCACUGAAUCUGUCCAUCAAGGAAGCUACUGCUAAAGUGGUCAUGAGUCAGAGGCUGGGCAGCAGCCUGAGGAGGAAAGUCAGCGAGACUGAAACUCAGCUUUUGGCACUGCAUGAAGCCAAGCUGGCAGCCAUCUCAGGUAAUGACUUCAGCAGUGCCAAGGAGCUGAAGGCUGAGAUGAAGGCGGUGUACCUGGAGCGCGAUCGGCUGGAGGCUCUGGCCAAGAGGCUCCACAGCCUCAGCUCGGGGAGCAGCCAGGAGCUGGCCAGGAUGAAGGAGCAGCGGCAGCAGCUCAGGCAGGAACUGGAGCAGAAGGAGGCCCAGCACGAAAGCCGUCUGAAAGAGAACACUGCGAAGUAUAUCAAGCUACUGGAGGACAGAUUGCACAGCUGUGGCUGUCCAGGCCUGGAGCGGAUCUGGGAAGCCGACCUGGAAGCAUGUCAGCUUUUCUUGCGUGGCCUCCAGUUGCGGACUCCCAGCUGCAGUGGAGCAGACAUUGAAGACCCCCCGACUGCAGCAGUUUAUCUUCCAACCCAGCUGUGCACAAAAGAAGAAGAAGAUUGCGCCAUGCUGACUGCGUUAGGAGGGCGCUGGUGUCCUGAGGCCAACUUACAGAACUCAGAGUUCACUAAGAAACUGGAGGAGUUUUUGUUCUGCAUGGAGGAUAAUCACCCAGAGGAUGGGUGCAGCGAGGCUGAGGCUGCCGACCUGACCGAGCGCUGCGAGCUGAUCAGUGACAGACUAAUGACCUUGGAAGAUGAAUUGCAGACGGCCAUACUGAACCGGGAUCAGGCCCUCACUCAGUCGUUGGAGAAGGAGGUUCAGGAAGUCAAAACCACUCUACAAACCAUGCUCGCACAGCUCAAAGAGGAAGAAGAGGAGGAAGAGGAAAUGAGUGAGUUACAGGAUGAUGACCUUAUGAAAAAUGAGACUGAGGAAGAAGAAGAAGAGGAAGAGGAGGAAGAAGAGGACCAGUACUUCAGUGACAGCUGGGGCAUUUGAAAUGGAUGCUAGUAGUGUUUUAUGACCACUCACACAGACCGGCUCUCUGAGAGCCUGACCUCAGAUUUGCAGUAGGAGUGACCCCAUAUCCAUUUACUGUAAAGCCUCACUCAAAGGGCUUUGCAACCAGCCUCUGUGGUACUGCUGAAAGUUUCCAGUACAAAGCCUUAGAAAGUCUGUGUAACAUUUUAUAUAUCCACAACUGGGAAAACAUAUGAAGGAUUUUGAUAUGAAUGCAAAAUAUAAGACACUUUAAUGCAAAUUGUACAAGUUCCUCAAAUCUUGCCAGCUGAAGGUUAACCAGGUAAAAAGUGCCUUAGGCCACAAAGCCGAAAUACUGAUUAUUUUUUCAAUGAAGAUGUUUUCGGAUGCAGGUUUUUUAUGUCAUGUCUUACUAGUGCUGAGCAAUCAAGUGAAAUUUAGUUUUUUUGUGAUUAUUUGGUUAUUUGAGGGGUUUCAGUUCAGAUUUGUGGCCAUUUGCAAACCGCAAAGUCUGCAGAGUCUCAGAAGUAAGAAAUGAUCAGCCUUAAAGCCAACUUGUGCCCACAAGUAAAAGUUAAUGAAUUAUGGUAAAUGGUAAAACAUAUGUAACAGUAGAAAAAGAGGAGUUAACAGACUCAGUAAUGUCUGCUUGGAUUAGCUAACAUUAGUUUGCUGUAAUGGGGAGCACCAAAAUCCGAGAGUGUAUUGAAUUUAUUAAGGGUGUUAUUUAUUCUUCCAGUCUCACUUUAAAAUUAAUGACAAAAACAGUAAGAUAGCAAGCCUGAAAUCAAACUGAAGUCGAAAAAUCACCAAUCGCUCACGGCAGCCACCUGUUUGAAUUUUGACCGAGGACCAAAUGGACAAUCCAAACAUCUUUUACUGGUAACAGUCUUGCACAUAAACUAAAACGUAUGCUUCAUUUUUAGGUCAACUAGCCACUUUUGUGUGUGUUUUUUUGUACGAUUGGACUUCAGUUACGUGUAAUUUUGUCCAUGAAAUAACUCAUUCGUGGUGCUACAGAAUGUGAGCUAACUUGAACACUUUAUUCUUUUCUUUGUGUGGAAAAUGCAAUAUUUAGAUUUUAUUUCCCUCCCUGUCUUAAAGCAGUGUAUGCUUGUAGAGAUGCUCUGUAUUUUAAAAUACAUGUUUCUUAUGCAUGUAGGAAAUAUUGAAGGAUAAAACAUCAGUGGACUCAUAAGAUAUUUGCAACUGCUGUCUGUUUUGUUUGUUUGCCACUGAUUACGUGUUGUUUUAAUUUUAUUUUAUCAGAAUAUUCUUGUUCAUUCCACUGGUUGUCACUUGACUUUUUUGUUUGCCAGAAACAUUUUUUGUACUUUCACCUAUUAAUCAGUUUUUAAUUUACUGUGCAGCUUGAACUUGCUGUAUCAUAUUUUAUAUUUAUUCCUUGCAGCAUCUCACUAAUUACAGCAUGUACCAUAAAGUCUAA